AUGUUUAAGAAGAAACACUUAGCCUACCUAGUGUCUAAAGCGGCAAGGGUUUUUCGUGUUUGUGACUUUUACACCUACUUCCACAAAAUCAAGAUGGUUGAUCUUGGUUGUGCUGAUUAUCUAACAAGGGUGGGCUUCGAGCACUGGACCAGGUCGCACUCACACGGAAUGCGCUAUAAUGUCAUGACUAGCAAUGUUGCCGAGUCGCUCAAUCCAGCUCUUUCUGAAGCACGCGAACGUGAGGCUGCGGCCAGUUGUGGUGGUCUUGUUACUCCAAAGGUUGAGGAGCUUAUCUUCAAAAAUUUUGAUGUUUCGACUGGUUUUGUGGUCCGUCACAUUAACAAAGCUGAGUACGAGGUGAAGGGGAUGGACUGCGUAACCUUUAUAGUUAACUUGGAGCAAAAGAAUUGCAGCUGUCUGGAGUUCGAUAUGCUCCUAAUUCCUUGUGUCCAUGCUAGUGCUGCUGCAAUACAUUCGAAUAGAAGGGUGGAUUCUCUUGUUGGUGAGAAGUACACGAGAAACAUUUGCGCAGCGAGGUACUCAAUGAGCAUCAACCCAAAAGGCAGCUACAAGGCUCAUGCACCCGAGCCAGAUACACUUGGUUCACUGCAGUUAGCACCUCCAAAGACCAGGCAUCCCCCCAGAAGGCCCAAGAAAUCAAGGAUCCUGUCAAAGGGUGAAUUCAAGUUCACAAGGGGUGGUGGCUUGGGUCGCAAAGUCAGAACUUGUCGCAGAUGUGGUGGAACGGAUCACAACCGAGCCACUUGCAAGAUGCCUAUAUAA